CAAUUUUAUAAUUUCCUAAAAAACGUUUGUCAAAAGUAGGGUUUUUAAAGAAAACAGAAAUCACCGUCGCACAGAAGAAACUCCGAGUGGAAGGUGAGCAUGGCGGGGAAAGGGCAAAAACGAAGGGAAAAGAACUACAGAGCGGCUCAUGGCGGAGGCAACGCUAGACUUCCGCCCCCACCUGAUCCCUCCUCACUCGACGCCGUCCCAUCUAAGCUUCGCAAACUUAUGUCUCUCACAGGAGAUGGGAGACAACCGUUUAAUCGAGCAAAGGGAAAUACAGUAUAUGGUGCCGAUAAGGGGAUUAAUUCAGGGGAAGGGACUGAAUCCAGGAAUCCUGGAAUGAAGAGAAAAAGAAGUAAUUCAAAUUCGAAUGCCACACAAUCAGAAAAACAGGGUGAAUUUCCCCAAAUUAGCGAGAGUGACAAGAAGAAGAAAAAGAAGAGGAAAAUUCAAAAAGCAGACGACCUACGGUUUGAGGCUGCUGACAAACAAGCUGUUGUGGGUUCUCGUAGAAAAGAGCGUAAAAAGCAACACUUGGAAGCAAAAAAGAAAAAACACAAACAAUCCAAAUCCGACGAGGACAUUGAAUUUCCCGGCCGUGAAGAGAUAAAAUUUGGAGACAUAGUUCAAGCACCCCCUAAGUUACUUGCCGUCCCUAAGGCAUUUAAGACGGCCCAAGAUGCUUCGAAAGAGAGGCUACGCCUACAAGCGGUAGAAGCCUACAGGCAACGAAAAAGCUGGGCAUCAAGGCCUGGAGUUACGCUCACUCAGCCUGAGAAUACGGCAUCUUUUUAGUGGGGCCACAUAUGGAAAGAUUAGUUUCCUCUUAUCAUCUGCACGAACACAAUAUGAGCUUUACGUAUGUGAUUGCAUACGGUCGAUGAUACAUUGGGAAAUUCUUAUGUUAGCUAUGCGGUGAGAUGUUGUGGACAUGUUAUCAUCUGUAUGUCUUCUUGGUCCAUUGUCCUUGCAAGAUUGAAAGAUUGUUGACAAUUGACCACCCUAAUAUUCCAAAGCAAGUUAGGUGAUUGACUAUAUUGCGCUUUUU